AUGAAGUACCUACUCUCCACGCUGAUCCUUGGCUUUUUAAUGAGUAUAACUUUAGCAGAGUCUGGAAAAAUAACUUGUGCGAACGUAAGGUGUGCUGGAAGGUGUAUUGACGAACCUACAGGGCCCCGAUGUGUACCUGUGGAUUGCUCAGUAUUGUCCUGUGCACCGGGUUACUCGUGUAAGAACGGAAGGUGCCAAAAAUCUCCUGUCACUUGUGCUACUGCCAAUUGUCCGAAUGACUGCAUUGACGAGCCUUCGGGUCCCAGAUGCGUACCAAAAAAUCCGUGUGCAACCAUAGACUGUCUGCCUGGAUGGCGAUGUGAUAAUAGUAUCGGAAAAUGCGUGAAGGUGACACCUUUGACUUGCGCAAAUGCCAACUGUCCUGGAAACUGCAUUGACGAGCCUUUGGGUCCCAGAUGCGUACCAAAAAAUCCGUGUGCAACCAUAGACUGUCUGCCUGGAUGGCGAUGUGAUAAUAGUAUCGGAAAAUGCGUGAAGGUGACAAAUUAACGAGCAUAGAGUUGAUAUGUGUAGGUACUUAAUGCUUUGCAAAGCAUUUGAUAUGACAAUAUUUUUGUUGUCUUUAUUUGAUCUAUAAAUAAUAAUUCUUACAAGUUAUCAUAGAGCGAUGUGGAAUAUCUGCAGCUUAUAAUAAAAUACUAGGAGCACGAGCAUCAAAGUUUCAUCAAAUUACAUUCUCUAUAAAAAAUUUUUUUUGUAAUUAGUUUAUGAUUUUGUACCUUUAAAAUUGAUGAACUUCAGUCCUUGUAUUGGACACGACUGUUUAUUAGCAUAUAACUAAUUAUACCAUAGCUACGAGUUGAAGUGAGACAGAUUCAGCAACGUAAUUUUUAUCUACUAAAACCACCAUGUACUAUAUUCACAAAUUUUGAUCUUAAACGACUCUAAGUAAAGAAUGUUUGACUUUACUGAUUGUAUGAUUCCUUGGCAAUUACUAAUUUAAUGCUUAAGAAUAAAAAUAACUACUC